AUGCCUGAUCUGUUCGAGUACACGUCUGGGCGAUGGAUUUACAAUGACAAGUUGAGACAUCGCGAGAGGAGACGUGUUUUCAACGUCCCUGAAUUAAAGCGCCUUGCUGCCCUAGCAAUACAGCAGAACGGAGACGACGUGAUCGGUUUCGAGAAGCUUGCCGAAGGAGGUUUCAACCGAAGCUUUUUGAUCACUAUGCGAGACGGCUUCCAAUUUGUUGCACGAAUUCCAUACCCAGUUACCGAACCCAAAUUUCUCGUGGUCGCAAGCGAAGUCGCAACGAUGGAUUUCAUGCGUGCUCAUGGUAUCCCAGUUCCGAAGGUCUUUGGCUACUCUCCUGAUGCAGAUAAUUCCGCAGGUACGGAAUAUAUCUUUAUGGAACUUGUCCAAGGAAAAAAUCUUGGGGAUGUGUGGUAUACUUUGUCUGAACAGGAGAGAAAAACAAUGGUUACGAAACUCGUUCAAUUGGAGGCUCGUCUAUUUGGCUUGCGAUUUCCAGCAAGCGGAAGCCUCUAUUACUAUGAUGAUUUGCGGGAUAGAGACAGCCGAAUCGUUACUCUAAGCCCAGACUCGACACAUCGCUUCUGCAUUGGCCCUGAUACUUCACUACGAUUAUGGUACGGAAAAAGACUUAACUUAUCGGUUGAACGUGGCCCAUAUCGAGAUUCUCUAGCGGUUCUUACUGCCGGUGCCGCUAAAGAGAUUGCAUAUCUUGAGAAAUUUGGGCGGCCUCUUCAGCCUUUUCAGCGUCUACGCCGAGAGCUAUAUGAUUACCAAGCUCAGUCCCACUUUGAGCAUAUCAUAGCUCUACAGAAAUACCUCCAUAUUGCUCCUCACCUUGUGCCGCGAGGCUGUCCAGCCCUUCAACGUCCCACCAUACGACAUCCCGAUCUUCAACCCAACAACAUAUUUAUCUCUGAUGACAUGGAAAUCAAAGGGAUAAUUGAUUGGCAGCACACCACAAUUCUUCCAUUAUUUCUUCAAUGUGCCAUUCCCGACAGUUUACAAAAUUAUGGUGAUGAAGUUUCGGAAUCACUACGAAUCCCGACUUUACCGAAUAAUUUCGAUGAAAUGGAAGACAUAGAGAAAUUCCAGCAAGCGGAAAUUCUGCGCAGACGUCAACUUCACUAUCUCUAUGUUAAAAUGACAGCAGACAUUAAUCCAGAGCAUUACGAUGCCUUGACCCAGGAGUUCAGCGCCUUACGGCGACGUCUUUUCCACCACGCUAGUGAUCCAUGGGAGGGUGACAAUACUACCUUGAAAGCCGAUUUAGUUACUUUGUUUACUAAGUGGACGGAGGUGACCGGUGACGCGAGGGCACUUUGUCCAAUCUCUUUUACAGAUGAUGAGUCGAUGGAAUGUCUGCAACUCGAACGGGCGCAGUCUGAGGCAGAUGAGCAAUAUCAGGCUUGCCAGGAAGCUAUUGGAGUUGGACAUGAGGGGUGGGUGCCUGUUGCACACUAUGACGAAGCAAAAGCGUGCGAGAGAAAAUUGAGAGCGGACGCUCUCGAUGCGGCUGAAACAGAGGAGGAGAGAAUAAGGAUUCGUGAAAAUUGGAUUUUCGAUGACUUCAGCGAGGAAGAUUAUACGUGA